AACCUCAAAUUCUCAUAUCAUAUCCUCAAAAACCACAUAAGGAUAGGAUUACAUUUUACAUUACUACUCUCAUUACCACACUUCAUCUUUCUUCUAACCCUUCAUUCAUAUACAUAUACAUAUUUAUAUUUAUAUAUAUAUACACUCUCCAUUAUUGUAAUUAAAAGUGGUUCAAAUUCAUAGUUAUGUAAAUUUUUAGGGUCAAGCAUGGUACUGUGAAAAGAAGACCAAAUUGGCUAACCAAAACAGAUCAUAUUUAAUAGCUUCAAUUAUUUUCAGAGUAAGUGGUACAACAACAUGGCUGGGUUUAAAAAGUGUAUGCUACUAUGCUGUUCAGCAAAAGUUUCGAAAGAAGACAUGGGUAACGACACGUACGAGGACGCCAUUGCUGGACUCACCAAGCUUCUCAGCGAGAAAAAUCACCUCGGGGAUGUCGCCGCCGCCAAGAUCAAACAACUCACCACCGAGUUAGAAGUUACCGGGUCGGAUCAGUUUGACCCGAUUGAGAGGAUCAAAACCGGGUUCAACCACUUUAAGACUGAGAAAUACGAGAAGAAUCCUAAAUUGUACGGUGAACUGGCCAAAGGGCAGAGCCCCAAGUUUUUGGUAUUUGCGUGCUCGGAUUCUAGAGUUUGCCCCUCACACAUUCUGAAUUUCCAACCUGGAGAGGCCUUUGUGGUUCGAAACAUAGCCAAUAUGGUUCCACCCUAUUGUCAGACAAAAUACUCUGGAGUGGGCGCGGCCAUUGAAUAUGCGAUAUUACAUCUCAAGGUGGAGAAUAUUGUGGUGAUUGGACACAGUUGCUGUGGUGGAAUAAAGGGACUCAUGUCUAUCCCAGACGAUGGGACCACAGCUAGUGACUUCAUUGAGAAUUGGGUACAAAUAUGUGCACCAGCAAAAUCCAAGGUCAAAUCAGAGUUCAGUGACUUAAGCUUCGGUGACCAAUGCAGCAACUGUGAAAAGGAAGCUGUGAAUGUUUCAUUGUCAAAUUUAUUGACAUAUCCAUUUGUGAAAGAUGCCUUGACAAACAAUGCUGUAUCUAUCAAAGGAGCACACUAUGAUUUCGUCAAGGGAAAUUUUGAAGUUUGGAAUCUCGAUUGCAAAAUUUCACCAACCACACUAACCAGUUAAUAAAAUUACAUAUGAUAUGCAGCAGCAGCAGCAUCCAACUUUGGAAUCGAGAGCUUUUUUUUCUUUUAAAUAUAUAUAAAUGUCGUAACCUUAAUUUCCUCAAGGUACUUCAUGUUUGUAAAUUUAAUGUUGUUUUGUUGUUGUUGUUUGUUCUCUAAGCAAAAAUAAUAUUGUAGCCUCAAUGGCACAUAUAUUUCUUCUUCUGUGUUUUUUUUUCUUUGUUAUGUUCAAUAAUAUUUGUUUGUUUCUGU